CGGAAGGGGCACUAUGAACGAAGAGGAGCAGUUUGUCAACAUUGACUUGAACGAUGACAACAUCUGCAGUGUUUGUAAACUGGGAACAGACCAAGAGACGCUCUCCUUCUGCCACAUCUGCUUUGAGCUGAAUCUCGAGGGAGUACGAAAAUCUAAUCUUUUACAUACCAAAACACUGAGAGGCCAUAAAGACUGCUUUGAAAAAUAUCAUUUAAUUGCAAACCAGGAUUGUUCUCGAUCCAAGCUUUCCAAAAGUACUUAUGAAGGAGUUAAAACCAUUCUGAGUAAGAAGAUAAACUGGAUUAUACAGUAUGCACAAAAUAAGGAUAUGGACUUGGAUCCCGAGUGUUCCAAAAAUACCCAACCUCACCUGUUUAAUCUCAGGCAUAAGCCAGAUAAGAAAUUGCUCCCAUAGUUUGACUCUCAGGUGCCAAAGUACUCUGCCCAAGGGAUCGCUGGGAACACGGGUGCCAUCCCGAGCUACACACAAAGGAUUUGGGAGCAGGGGGAAAACACAGACUUCGGGCUUGCUCUAUUGCAAGGCUCAGAUGCACUGGGGCCUCACAAACACAACCAGGCGCAGAAGAAAGAAGAGAUGAGCUCUGGUCCAGAGGCAACUGUCCCGGCCCAGAAUCUGCAUUACAGCAGAGAACAGCUGAAUUCAAAGACUCUUGAGGAAGUAGAAGAACUGAACACAAGGCUCCAACAGCAAAUCCAGGGAGUUUUUGAAGAGUUAACUCACCAAGUGCAAGAAAAAGACUCUCUGGCGUCAGAGCUCCAUGUCCGCCAUGUUGACAUCGAGCAGCUUCUCAAGAACUACUCCAAGUUACCAUGCCUGCAAGUCGGCCGGGCAGGGGCCAGGUCACACCUGCCCAUAAACAACUGCACGUAG